AUGUCCAGAUCCAUUCAACAGGCACAGCCUGUCACAGUAAGCCUUCAAGAUCUUUACUCGGGAUCUGUACCCUUCGAAGCCUUGACAGAAGCAUUUGGACCUUCAUCGCUGGGAAUAAUCGUAGUCAAAGAUCUACCUCCCACCUUCAAAGAGCUGCGUGCCCAAGUCCUGUCAAAUUCGUCUUAUCUCGCGUCCUUGUCUCAGGAUGAACUGGAAAAACUCGAAAGCCCCCAAUCGAAAUACCUCGUAGGCUGGUCCUGCGGCAAAGAAACCCUUCGCUCAGGGCACUUCGACACCCUCAAGGGCUCCUACUACAUCAACUGCGCCUUCUACCAGAACCCUGAACUACAAAAUGCGCCUGCAGAUGAGUUUCCGGAUUUCCCUCAAUACACAGCCCCCAACAUUUGGCCGGACGCUGAAAAAUUGCCUACGUUCCGGAAAAGUGUUGAAGAGCUGAUAUCACUGAUCAUUGAUACAGCUGCUUUGGUGGCGAGGGCGUGUGAUCGGUAUGCGGCUGUGAAUAUCGAGGGGUACAAGGAGGGGUAUUUGGAGCAUGUUGUCAAGACCAGUUUGACGACGAAGGCGAGAUUGUUGCAUUAUUUUCCGACGGAAUUGGUUGCUACAGAUGCAGAGACGAAGGAAGAGAAGGAAGGAGGAGAUGAUGAUGAUUGGUGUGCUACGCAUGUUGAUCAUGGAUGUCUUACGGGUCUUACAUCGGCCAUGUUCGUUGAUGAAGCAGUACAACCACCGUCGGAGGCAUCGAAGACGUCUCCUCUCCCCGAACUCCCUUCGUCACCAGACCCAAAAGCAGGUCUAUACAUUCGCUCGCGAACCGGCGAGAUUGUGAAAGUGAAUAUUCCCAAGGAUUGCCUCGCAUUUCAGACCGGAGAAGCACUGGAAUUGAUUACCCAGGGGAAAUUCCGUGCUGUGCCCCAUUUUGUCAAGGGGGCUCUGACAACUAGCGGUAAGAUUGCAAGGAAUACGCUGGCGGUAUUUACGCAGCCGAAUUUGGGCGAGGAAGUACAGAAGGGGAAGACGUUUGCGGAUUUUGCGAGGGAGGUUGUUGAGAGGACUUAUUAG